UCCCGCGCAGCCCUUCUCCUCCAGGCCCUCCCUCUGCUACCUUCCACGGGCCGGCCGCCCAUCUCAGGCACCAACAGGUGCAGCAGCGCUGAGUGUGGGUCUCCAUCCCAGGAUGGAGGCGUGCGAGGGCAGCGCAGCCGGACGCCGGGCCUUCGACAGCAUCUGUCCCAACAGGAUGCUGGACCUAACGCGGAGGCCCCUCUCCAAGCCGGGGAAGAAGUUCCUUCCUCCCUGGAAGUCUUUCUCAGGAUGCGGCAGCGGCAGCCCAGUAUCGGUGUACGAGGACCCCCCUGACGUCGAGCCCGCUGCGCUGCCAGACCUCACCACCAUAGACCUGCAGGACCUUGCAGACUGCACCUCGCUACUCGGAUCCGAAACGCCUCCUAGUGGGGAUUCUUCCGCCUCGCAGAACUCCUCCUUGCAAACUGAAGAGGAUUUCAACCUGCAGAAUUUCAGAGACGCGGUGGAUGACCUCAUUGCAGAUUCAUCCUCUUUGAUGUCGGAAGGCGACUUUCCCUUUUCCCCUUGCGACGUUUCAUCUUUCCCUUCCUGCCUCUCCCCAUCUCUGGACCCACCUCCCCUGGGGUCUUCACCGCUGCCCCCACCGCCUCACGCUUCAGAUCCGCCGCCGCCGCCACCGCCACCAACGGAGGAGUACUGGAAGGAGGUGGCCGACCAGAACCAGAGGGCCCUGGGAACUGCUCUCAUAGAGAAUACCCAACUGCACGUGACGCUGACGCAGAAGCAGGAGGAGAUCGCUUCGCUCAGGGAGACGAACGUGCAGCUGAAAGAACUUGCCAGCCGGACCAGGCACCUGGCCUCAGUGUUGGACAAGCUUAUGAUCACACAGUGCCCAGCCGAGCCCUUCCAGAUCAAGGCAACGACGAAAAGGAGCCUGGAGGAGCUGCUCUGUGCUGCGGGACAAGCAGGGCAGGGUUGCUCGGAAGUGGACGCCAUCCUUAGGGACAUCUCUCAGCGCUGCGAUGAAGCCCUGCAGAACCGCGACCCCAAGCGACCCAGGCUGCAGCAAGAGCCAGGCAGCAAGGACUGCAGCUCCAGAACCCUCCACGGAGUCUUCAGAGGGCUGCGCACCAACUGCAGCGCCAGCUCUGUGAACCUGAGGCACAGUGAGCUGGAGGAAGGCGGCUCCUUCAGCACGCCCAUCCGCAGCCACAGCACCAUCCGCACUUUGGCCUUCCCCCAGGGCAAAGCCUUCACCAUCAGGACAGUCACGGGUGGUUACAAAUUUCGCUGGAUCCCCAGCUGAGCAGGGAUGUGGUUUCCACACACCCCCUCCCCCAAGCACUGCCCUGUGUCCAGAG